AGAGAGAGAGAGAGAGAGAGCCGCCGCUGAAAUCUGACCCACCGAUUUAGUCAGAUUUCCGGCUACGAAUGGAGCUUCUCAGUCCCUCCCCUCCACCUCAACCAGUCGUUAACCACUUCGCCGGAUUCGAAUCUCCGACGACUCUCCGACAAUCUUUUGGUCGGGAAAUGUCUUCGUCAGCUACUCAGAUGCCGGAGAUUGAAGAGGCUCCGGAGAGAGUACAUGUGGCAGUCGGAAGAUCGACAGAGAGAUCCGUAGGAUUGCUUGAGUGGACUAUCCGGCAGUUCGAAGGGCAGGAAAUUGGCAUCGUGCAUGUUCAUCAGCCUUCUUCGACGAUUCCGACUCUCUUGGGAAAUCUUCCAGCAAGUCAAGCGAAUGAGGAAAUGGUGUCUGGGUUCCGGAGAGAAGAGAAAGAACAAAUGAAGAAAAUUCUAUUAAAGUAUUUGAGUGUUUGCUCUAGAGCCAAGGUGAAAGCAAGCAUUUUUUUGAUUGAGACUGCAGAAGUUCAGAAAGGAAUUGUAGAGCUUGUGUCAAGACAUGUAAUUAAGAAGCUUGUUAUGGGAGCAGCACCGGACAAUUGCUUGAAGGUGAAGAGGAGCUCUAGUAAGGCAAGCUAUACUGCCAAGACCGCCCCAUCAUUCUGCGAGAUAUGGUUUGUCAACAAAGGAAAUCAUGUCUGGACGAGGGAGGCUUCUGAAGACCCAAGUUAUCCGCUACCACCCUUUGGUGCACCUCAUGGAACUGCACUUACUGAAAUAUGUAGAUCCUUGUCAUCAUAUAAUUUUAGUAGCGAGGCUGCGUUUAAUCUGGACUGUCUUAGAUCCAGUUCUUCUAUCACCGGUAGAUUGUGUGGGAUGACGAAUGAGGCCCAAUCCAGAGUAGAUGAAAGAGAAGGGACUAUGUCUGUUAUGGAAUCCAGUUUUACUAAUAGAAUCGAUCCUCUUGAUUCACAGAGUUUGACCGGUUUCGCCAGUACAGUUUCUGGUCUUACUUCGCCUACUGAAGGAAAGUUCUCAUCAGAAUCCAACCUGGAGGAAGAACUGGAGCUGGAUUUCUUGCAUAAUUCGAUUAUAGAAGCAAAGAUGGAAGCUGAAAAGUCAACGGAAGUAGCCUCUGCAGAGAUACUGAGGCGUGAGAGAUUGGAAAAUGAAGCUGCUGAAGCCAUCAAAAGGAUGAAAGCUUUUGAAGCUGCCUGCGCACGUGAAACUGAACUCAGAAAAGAAGUUGAAGAUGAACUAAGAAAUACCAAACAGGAACAAGAAAAGCUCUCAGGACAGAGAGAUGAAGCCAUAAGAGAGUUGCAGAAGACAUUGAAAACCCUAGCAAUCCUCGACAGUCAUGUUCGAGAAGCGGCCCGUCGCCGGGAUGAAGCCACUGAUGAACUGAAGCUUAUUCAAGCAUCCUUGAUGACUCUGCGGCAGGAAAAGAAGAAGAUCCGUAAGCAGAGGGAGGACGCUGUACGUCGGCUUGAACGGUGGAGAAGUCGUGGGCAUGGGAGAGGUCAAAACUCUGAUCGGUUCAUUGAGUUUGUCGAUGACUCUCCUGAGUUUUCAGAGUUCUCUCUUUCCGAUCUAUGUACAGCAACAUGCAACUUUUCGGAAAGCUUCAAGAUUGGGGAGGGGGGUUUUGGGUGUGUGUAUAAGGGAGAGAUGCUGGAUCAAAGUGUUGCUAUAAAGAAGUUGCAUCCACAUACCAUGCAAAUCCAAUCAGAGUUUCAUCAAGAGGUGAAUCUCCUCAGCAAAUUACAACAUCCUCAUUUAGUGACUUUGAUUGGUGCAUGCCCAGAGGCCUCGUCGCUCGUAUAUGAAUACUUGCCCAAUGGUAGCCUGCAAGACUGCCUCUUCCAUAAAACCAAUGCCCCUCCCUUAACAUGGAAGACUCGCACCUGUAUUGUGGCUGAAAUCGCCAGCGCCCUCCUCUUCCUACACUCCUUCAAACCUGAAAAGAUCAUCCACAGUGAUCUUAAGCUCCAAAACAUUCUUCUCGAUUCCGAAUUCAAAAGCAAGAUUGGUGACUUAGGAAUUUCUCACCUUGUGAAAGAGGAGACCGCCCGUUGCCCAUCUUUCCGCCGGAGUACAGAGCCAAAGUCUGCAUUUCCUUAUAUGGACCCGGAGUAUAAGAGGAGUGGAGAACUUACACCAAAGUCCGACAUAUAUUCCUUUGGGAUCAUAAUUCUACAGUUACUAACUGGGAGGCCCCCUGUUGGGUUGUUGAGUGAGGUCCGUCGGGCAGUGUCGAGCGGGAAAUUGUCAUCGGUUUUGGACCCAUCUGCUGGAGAUUGGCCUAUGUUUGUGGCAAGGAGGCUGGCGGAGCUGGGGAUGCAAUGCAGUGAGAUGAACAGUCGGGAUCGGCCAGAGCUUACUCCAGCACUGGUGAGGGAGCUGGAGCGGUUGCAUGUUGCGGAGGAAAGACCUGUGCCUGCUUUUUUCCUGUGCCCGAUCCUUCGGGAAAUCAUGCACGAUCCUCAAGUAGCAGCAGAUGGUUUCACCUAUGAAGGCGAGGCCUUACGCGGAUGGUUGGAAAAUGGCCGGGAAACUUCUCCCAUGACCAAUUUAAAGCUGAGUCACCUCAACCUUACUCCAAAUCAUGCACUUAGAUUUGCUAUUCAAGACUGGCUCUGCCAAUCUUAAUGCCAAUGUAAUGUAUGUAUCCAUGAUGCAUGUAUGUAUGUAUGUCAUCAUCAUCAUUGUCAUCAUCUAAGCCCAAUCUGAGCUAAUUGGGUUUGGCUACACGAAUCUUGUUCCACCAUUCCACUAUCAACGGCCGUAUCCUCAUUUGUAUGUAUGUAUGUAUGUAUGUAUGUAUGUAUGCAUGUCUACUAAUUUCUGUGCAUAAGUAGUGUCUGUCCGUCUCUUUUCACCUUUAGAGUUGCAACCUAAUAGGUUGGAUGGAGUCCUAACAGCUUCUAUUGUGCUUGUUAUAACCACACGAUAGCCCUUUUGCCUGUUUUAUCAAUGAAUGUUCCACCGACAAGUGGCUAUAUAUGUUAUUUUAUUUUUUUAAUAAUUGUAUUUCAAGUUUUUGGUAGAAACAUCGACGGAUGAAAUUAGUGCUCAGAUAACAUGUAUGUAUGGGGAAAUGCUAAAAAACUCUACCAGGUCUAUUGGCUCUGCUUACUGAAAUUGAAGGCAACACCGGCUUGAAGCAAGC